CAGUGCCUUUGGCGCACUGAGGUGCACAGGGUCCCUUAGCCGGGCGCAGGGCACGCAGCCCAGGCUGAGAUUCGCGGCUUCCGCAGAAGUGAGCAUGGCUGGGCAGCGGGUGCUGCUUCUAGUGGGCUUCCUUCUCCCUGGGGUCCUGCUCUCAGAGGCUGCCAAAAUCCUGACAAUAUCUACAGUAGGUGGAAGCCAUUAUCUACUGAUGGACCGGGUUUCUCAGAUUCUUCAAGAUCACGGUCAUAAUGUCACCAUGCUUAACCACAGAAGAGGUCCUUUUAUGCCAGAUUUUAAAAAGGAGGAAAAAUCAUAUCAAGUUAUCAGUUGGCUUGCACCUGAAGAUCAUCAAAGAGAAUUUAAGAAGAGUUUUGAUUUCUUUCUGGAAGAAGCUUUAGGUGGCAGAGGAAAAUUUGAAAACUUAUUAAAUGUUCUAGAAUACUUGGCGUUGCAGUGCAGUCAUUUUUUAAGGAGAAAGGAUAUCAUGGAUUCCUUAAAGAAUGAGAACUUCGACAUGACGAUAGUUGAAACUUUUGACUACUGUCCUUUCCUGAUUGCUGAGAAGCUUGGGAAGCCAUUUGUGGCCAUUCUUUCCACUUCAUUCGGCUCUUUGGAAUUUGGGCUACCGAUCCCCUUGUCUUAUGUUCCAGUAUUCCAUUCCUUGCUGACUGAUCACAUGGACUUCUGGGGCCGAGUGAAGAAUUUUCUGAUGUUCUUUAGUUUCUGCAGGAGGCAAUGGCACAUGCAGUCUACAUUUGACAACACCAUCAAGGAGCAUUUCACAGAAGGCUCUAGGCCAGUUUUGUCUCAUCUUCUACUAAAAGCAGAGUUGUGGUUCAUCAACUCUGACUUUGCCUUAGAUUUUGCUCGACCUCUGCUUCCCAACACUAUUUAUGUUGGAGGCUUGAUGGAAAAACCUAUUAAACCAGUACCACAAGACUUGCAGAACUUCAUUGCCAAGUUUGGGGACUCUGGUUUUGUCCUUGUGACCUUGGGCUCCAUGGUGAACACCUGUCAGAAUCCGGAAAUCUUCAAGGAGAUGAACAAUGCCUUUGCCCACCUACCCCAAGGGGUGAUAUGGAAGUGUCAGUGUUCUCAUUGGCCCAAAGAUGUCCACCUGGCUGCAAAUGUGAAAUUUGUGGACUGGCUUCCUCAGAGUGACCUCCUGGCUCACCCAAGCAUCCGUCUGUUUGUCACCCACGGCGGGCAGAAUAGCAUAAUGGAGGCCAUCCAGCAUGGUGUGCCCAUGGUGGGGAUCCCUCUCUUUGGAGACCAGCCUGAAAACAUGGUCCGAGUAGAAGCCAAAAAGUUUGGUGUCUCUAUUCAGUUAAAGAAGCUCAAAGCAGAGACGCUGGCUCUUAAGAUGAAACAAAUCAUAGAAGACAAGAGAUACAAGUCUGCGGCAGUGGCUGCCAGCGUCAUCCUGCGCUCCCACCCGCUCAGCCCCACGCAGCGGCUGGUGGGCUGGAUUGACCACGUCCUCCAGACACGGGGGGCAACGCACCUCAAGCCCUAUAUCUUCCAGCAGCCCUGGCAUGAGCAGUACCUGCUCGACGUUUUUGUGUUUCUGCUGGGGCUCACUCUGGGGACUCUAUGGCUUUGUGGGAAGCUGCUGGGCAUGGCUGUCUGGUGGCUGUGUGGGGCCAGAAAGGUGAAGGAGACAUAAGGCCAGGUGCAGCCUGUUUGGUAGGUGAUGUCACCAUUUCUAGGGGGCUUCCCACUAGAUCUGGCAGCCCCGGUCUCUAGUCCUUCUAGUUAUCUCCUGUUUUCUUGAAGAACAGGAAAAAUGGCCCCAAAUCAUCCUCUCCACUUGCUAAUUUUGCUACAAAUUCAUCCUUACUGGCUCCUGCCUGCUGGCAGAAUUCUUUCCAGUCCUCUUGUCCUCCUUUGUUUGCCAUCAGCAAGGGCUGUGCUGUGAUUCUGUCUCUGAGUGACUUGGACCACUGACCCUCAGAUUUCCAGCCUUCAAAUCCACCUUCCUUCUCAUGCGCCUCUCCGAAUCACACCCGACCGUUCCAGCCUCCAUGUCCAGAUCUUGUCAGCCUCUUUCCGUCACUCCUGCCCCUACCAUCUAUCAUGGAAUAAAAUCCAAGAAAGACA